ACGAACGUGUGUUUAUGGGAAGCAUGUCGCUUGUCGUGGCGGCGAGUAGAAGACUCUUUCGUCAUUGUCGAAGCUUGACGACAACAAUCCGCAGCAGAGGUGCUGCUGUGGACAGUGCACUUCCUGCAUUCAGAUCAAUAUGCGGAGAGGAUGGCGUCUCUCUGGGAGCCGCUGUCCGAGAACAACACGGAAAAGAUGAAUCCGUACACAGAUGCCGUCCACCGGAUGUGGUGGUUUUUCCGCGCUGUGUGGAGGAAGUCAGCGCCCUUGCCAAAGUCUGUCAUAGCAAACGCCUUCCCAUCAUCCCGUUUGGCACUGGAACUGGCCUGGAGGGAGGGGUAGGAGCACUGAAGGGUGGUGUAUGCUUCAGCCUGAGGAACAUGGAUCAGAUUCUGGAUCUCCACCAGGAGGAUUUUGAUGUGACGGUUGAGCCUGGUGUGACCCGGAAGACUCUGAAUGCAAACUUACGAGACACAGGACUGUGGUUUCCUGUUGAUCCUGGAGCUGAUGCUUCGCUGUGUGGUAUGGCAGCCUCUAGCGCAUCCGGCACCAAUGCAGUGCGAUAUGGAACCAUGAGAGAAAACGUUAUGAACUUGGAGGUUGUACUUGCUGACGGGACUACGAUACACACGGCCGGCAAGGGCCGACGUCCCAAGAAGACUUCAGCGGGCUACAACUUGACAAACCUGUUUGUGGGAUCAGAGGGCACCCUGGGAAUCAUCACUAAGACGACCCUGCGCCUCUAUGGUAUUCCGGACUCUAUGGUAUCUGCCGUGUGCUCUUUUCCUACGGUGCAGGCCGCUGUGGAUAGCACGGUGCAGAUUCUACAAGCUGGAGUUGCUAUCGCUCGCAUCGAGUUUCUAGAUGACGUGAUGAUCGACGCCUGCAACAAGUUUAGCUCUCUGUCAUACCCUGUCACACCAACUCUCUUCCUGGAGUUUCAUGGUUCUGAACAGAGUCUCGAAGAACAAGUCACCACUACCGAGGAAAUUACUCAAGCCAACGAAGGCUCCGAUUUUGAGUGGGCCAGGGAUGCAGAAAAACGGAAUCGCUUGUGGAAAGCUCGCCAUGACGCCUGGUAUGCUGCUCAGGCUCUGAGGCCUGGUUGUAAGGCUUACUCUACAGAUGUGUGUGUUCCCAUUUCUCGACUGCCUCAAAUCAUAGUAGAAACAAAGGCCGACCUGCUUGAGAACAAACUUACAGGUCCAAUUGCUGGCCAUGUGGGUGAUGGUAACUUUCACUGUCUGAUGGUACUUGAUCCUGAUGACCCAGAAGAACUCCACCAAGUCCAUUUGUUCAGCGAGAGACUGGCAAGACGAGCCCUGGCUAUGAACGGUACCUGCACAGGUGAGCACGGAGUGGGUUUGGGCAAGCGAGGUCUUCUGUACGAAGAAAUGGGACCUGAGACCAUGCGGGUCAUGCAGAACAUAAAGAACGCCCUCGACCCAAAGAACCUCAUGAACCCUGGGAAGGUUUUUCUUGCUGAAGAGCACUGAUGGCACUAAUGUGUAUUAUCAUUAUUAUUAUUAUUUUGAUUUAAUUGUCAGAUUUAAUGUUGACAAAUUGUUUUGUUUAUUGAUCAUGAAAAAUAUGAUAGAAGAAAUUUGUAACACAUUUUCUUCAAGCCUUUCUGCUGUUAUUUUUUUGGAAGAAUGAGUUUUACAGAAUCCAAGAUCUAUGACCCACCCUGACAAAAAUAUAUACAUGUAGAUUUUACUGUGCCAAAAAGAAGUGUCAGAGACACAGAGUUUGAAGGCAAAAAAAUGCAGCAAUCCAUCCAUUUUCUACCACUUAUUCCCUUCGGGGGCGCUGGAGCCUAUCUCAGCUACAAUCGGGCGGAAGGCGGCGUACACCCUAGACAAGUCGCCACCUCAUCGCUGGGCCAACACGGAUAGACAGACAACAUUCACACUCACAUUCACACAUCCAUUUACCCAUUUUCUACCGCUUUUCCCGUUUGGGUCGCUGGAGCUUAUCUUAGCGGCAUUCGAGCGGAAGGCGGUGUACACCCUGGACAAGUCGCCACCUCAUCGCAGCUCACAUUCACACACUAGGGCCAAUUUAGUGUUGCCAAUCAACCUAUCCCCAGGUGCAUGUCUUUGGAGGUGGGAGGAAGCCACGCAGUCACGGGGAGAACAUGCAAACUCCACACAGAAAGAUCCCGAGCGCAGGAUCGAACCCAGGACCUUCGUAUUGUGAGGCAACUGUUCCACCGUGCUGCCCAAAAUGCAGCAAUGUGAUUUGAAAUGUAAGAUUGGAGCUUUAAACUUCUGGAAAAAAAUUAAAUGUCCAGUUGUUUUGUU